AUGUUGCGAUUUCAGUUAUUACUGCUGUUGCGUGACAAUGCUUUUUCUAUUGCUCGGCGAUUGACUGUUAAUGACUUUACGCUUCGUACGCAUACGUGUGGAGAACUACGUGUAGGACAUGAAAGCCAAAAAGUUACUCUAUAUGGGUGGUUACAAUUCAUCCGUCUGAAUCGUUUUCUCGUUUUACGAGAUGCCUAUGGCUAUGUGCAGGCCAGAAUCCCCGACAAAAGAAAGGAUUUAGUCGAAAAAAUCAAAAUGGUUAACUGCGAGUCUGUUUUAAAAAUUGAAGGAGUGGUUAUUGAUAGAGGUGAACAAUAUCGCAAUGCAAAUAUGCCAACAGGGGAUAUUGAGGUACUAGUGAAUGAUUUUGAACUACUGAACGCUUCACCAGCAAAUUAUCCGCUGGAUGAGGUAACAUCGACGGAGGAAACGAAACUCCGAUAUCGUUUCCUGGAUUUGAGAACAAAGCGAAUGCAACGAUCACUUAGGCUAAGAGCAAAUGUCGUUCAUGGAAUACGAAAGUAUUUGAUCGAAAAAGCGAAUUUUGUUGAGGUUGAAACACCAACUCUAUUUCGCCGAACUCCCGGUGGUUCAAAUGAGUUUAUUGUUCCUGCACCGAAACCGAAUCUCGGGAAGUUUUAUUCUUUGCCUCAAAGCCCUCAACAAUUCAAGCAAUUGCUGAUGUGUGGUGGUAUUGAUAGGUACUUUCAGAUUGCUCGGUGCUAUCGUGAUGAAGGUGCAAAAUCAGAUCGACAACCUGAAUUCACACAAGUUGACGUCGAAUUAUCUUUCACUGAUCAAGAUAAUGUUAUGAAACUGAUAGAAAAUAUUAUUGUGGAAUCAUGGCCCAAAGAACUGGAUGAUCUGAAGCCCUCAGCACCAUUCAGGCGGAUGAAAUAUUUGAAGGCAAAGCGUUUAUUUGGUACUGAUAAGCCAGAUCUGCGUAUUCCAUGGACCAUUGAAGAUUGCACUUCCGACUUUUCAUUUCUACGAAGGCGUGAAAUUUCAAAUUUCGUUGUGAAAAUUUUCAUUGCCAGAAGUGCAGAAGAUGUUAUUAAUGGGGGGAGUUGGAAGGAAUGGACUCGAAUUCUGCAAGACAAUGUAUUAUCACAGAACUCUAAAUUUCUGAAAGCGUCGGAAAAGAACUGGUUUGCAGAAAUUCCAAACGACGUUCUGAUAGAAAAAUUUGGUAUUAAAGAAAAAGAUGUUGCCAUCAUAUCGUGA